GUCUGCUGGUUCUCGGGCUCGAGGAAAAGCCCGGAGCUAACCGGGAGCUAACCACUCUGCGCCGGCAAGGCCCCCGGGCUGCGGAAAGGCUGCGACAGGGACUGAAGCUGCCGAGGCAGCGCCCCGGACCGUGCGGGAAAGAGUGUCGCUGAACUCACCCUCAGUAGUGGAUUAUACGGGCCGCUCCGGGUCCGAAGGCUGUGCAAUGAGGGAAGAGGACAAGGGCAUGCUCGGUGGUGGCGGCUGCGAUGCGGACCUGGCCAACGCCGCGGCAAGAGGGCAAGUGGAGACGGUACAGCAGCUUCUGGACGCCGGCGCGGAUCCCAACGCAGUCAAUCGCUUCGGGAGGCGCCCGAUCCAGGUCAUGAUGAUGGGCAGUGCCCAUCUGGCUGAGCUUCUGCUGCUCCACGGCGCGGAGCCCAACUGCGCGGACCCAGCCACGCUCACCCGACCGGUGCACGAUGCGGCGCGGGAGGGUUUUAUGGACACUCUGGUGGCACUGCACCGGGCUGGGGCGCGGCUGGACGUGCGCGACGCUUGGGGCCGCUUGCCUUUAGACCUAGCUGAGGAGCAGGGCCACCGCGAAGUUGCUGGGUAUCUACGUGCAGCCUCUGGGGACUGACGACAGGUUCCUUGAGCCACCUACAAGGACUUCUUUCUCCCCAGUGUCCCAUCCCAACCUGGUUCCUACCAGCUGUAAAGGUGGAACGGCAGAGAACCUGCAAGCCUUCCCUUCUCAGCUGGACUCCUGGGAGCGAGAAGGGGGCCAAGGGAGAAUAAGUUCAUAUACCUUUUUGUGAAUCUGUAGCCUGCCCUCAUCGCUCAUCCUCAAGCCAAAUGCUGAAAAGUGGGGCAAAUUUAUCGCCAACAAGUUUUAGGCAUGUGUAUAGUUCCAGGUGUUAAUAACUAUUUAGAAUUUUCUGAUGGAAAGUGCAUGUGAAGUCCUUGGAUCACCCUGGCUGCCUACAAAUCUUCAUAAGGUAAUCCUGGGGUCUGGAGUUGGAGGUGGCAUUUGACUAGGGGUAAUCAGUCCGUUUGCCCUGCUGAUCUAGUCUUGAGGAGCUCCCUGUGAAUCCAGGAAGAGGACUGUAAUGCCUGGAAGCUGGAAGCAAACCUAAGGACCUCCGGGAAAAUGUAGAUGGGCUUCAGCAGGGGCCCAAGACUUACUACGCAGUGCACUGAAAGUCAAGCAAAACGGUAGCACCACCGGAGACUCACCCAGUUCCGCCAGGUAACGAAGCCUGAGAGCACUUGUGGAAGCUACAACAGAUCUGCCCCUAUACUCUUAACGGUCCUAGAGCUCUCCGCGAUGUAGAGCAGCUCACCAAUGGGAGCUUUUUCUCAUUCCAGUAAGGCACAGUUGAUAGUUUUCUAGAUGUAGUCAAAAUCAAACAGUGCAAGGAUAAAGUGGUGCGUUAUAAUCAGAGUAAUUGUAGCAGUUAACUUUAAUAAUGUGCUUUCUCUGUUUUAAGAUAAGACACAGAAAUCCUCCUUGUGAAUUGUCACUUGAAAAGAUGUCAUGAUUGUACUUUUGAGUUGUUUUUAGUAACACUGCAUUAAUGGGAAGAUUGUAACAAAAUAAUUCAUGGCCCUCAGUAAAGAGGGAGGCAAAAUUACUGGCUUCUUAAUGAAGCUAUGACCCUGUGGCAAGCUCCUAGUGCUAAUGCCUAGAUUGCUUUUAUCUUAACGAUAUUUAUUUCUUUAUUAAAUUUAUCUGAUUGAAGGCCAGGGAUUUAGC